AUGGGUCCGCUAAGGAGCAACAGCCGUUGCGCGCCCGCCGUCCUCGCGCUCGUUACAAUCACGUUCGCGACGCUCGCCGCGUCGCCGGCAUUCGCGGGGAAGAUCAGGCAGGUGUUCGCGUUCGGCGAUCAGGCGUUCGACACGGGCAUGAGCCGCUUCUUCAGCCAGUCCGUCUGGAAGGCCACCGCGCCGCCUUACGGCCAAGAUUGGGGCAAGAUAUCGGGCCGCUUCAGCAACGGCCGUCUCGUCCUUGACUUUAUCACGUUCCGCCUGGGUCUGCCGAGCCUCUUCGCGUACCACCACGCGCAGCCUGCAGACGCAGAUAGCGUGCAUGCAGGAGCACAAGGACAAGCGCAACUCGAAGCUUCACCACCCCUUCUCACCCUUUUGCACCCCUUCCCAUCCCUCCCUUUUCAGACCCGCAGCCUGCAGACCCAGAUAGCCGUACAUGCUGGAACCCGUAGCUUGCAGACCCAGAUAGCGUACAUGCAGGAGUACGGACAAGCCUUCACCCUCACCUCGCUCCUUCCCACCCCUUCUCAACCCUUUGCACCCCUUCCCAUCCCUACCGCUUGCAGACCCGCAACACGCAGCCUGCAGACCCAGAUAGCGUACAUGCAGGAGUACAAGGACAAGCGCCAGAACAACCCGCAAGUGACACUCGACCAGUCGCUAAUUAUGAUCAGUGCGGGAACCAACAACUACGUGUUGGCGAUUCUUAUGCUGGACCAAUCGCUGAUUAUGAUUAGCGCGGGAACCAACGACUACGUGUUGGCGCUUCUCGGGCAGUCGGGCGGGCAGAGCGUGGAGCAGGUGUUGUCUGCUACGACAGGGGCGAUAAUCAAAGCAGUGCAGGACCUCAAUGCAAUGACCAAGACCACCAAGAUUGUGGUGUUUGACGUGCCGCCCCUCGGGUGCAUCCCAGCCGACCUCAACGCAAUGACCAAGGCCACCAAGAUUGCCGUGUUUGACGUGCCCCUUCUCGGGUGCAUCCCGGCUGUACGCUACUUCAAAAAGACUCCGGCGGGGGAGUGUGACGAGGCGAGCAACAAGAUAGCAUCCGACCUCAACGCAAUGACCAAGACCACCAAGAUCGUGGUUUUCAACGUGCCCCCUCUCGGGUGCAUCCGUGCUGUUCGCUACUUCAAGAAGGCUCCCUCCCUUCUACUGGGGCUGCACUCUCCUCACCACUCUCCACCCCUUUCAACCUCCUCACCAGACCUCAACGCCAUGACCAAGACCACCAAGAUCGUGGUGUUCGACGUACCCCCCCUCGGGUGCAUCCCAGCCGUCCGUUACUUCAAGAAGACCCCCGCGGGGCAGUGUGAUGCGGCAGCGAAUAAGUUAGCCGACCAGCACAACACGGGGGUGCGGGUGAAGCUGGAUAAGCUGAGGCAGCAGGGGGUCACCAAUUUGAUACUCUUCAAACAGAGCACCGUGUAUCGAGUCAAGGGCACCACUGCAGGUGGUUUCAUUGACCAGACGUCAGUUUGCUGCGAAGGUAAAACACCCAGCGGAAAGCUGAUAGCAUGCGGGCAGACGGUGAAAGAGGGCGGCAAGAGCUACAGUGCAACGGCUUGCAAGGACCCGACCAAGUACGUGUGGUGGGACUGGUACAAUCCCACAGAGGCAUUUAAUGAAGUGCUGUCGGGUAUUUUGUGGCACAGCAACAGUGUUUCGUAUGUGUCUCCGUUCGGACUGAAGGCUAUCGUUGACAAGUAG